GAAAAAAACCAUCCCCACCUUCUGUCCUUCACAUUCACUUUCACAGACACUCUUUCUGCUACAUCCCCUUUUCAUUCUCUGUAGGCUGCAGCUCCCAUGGAAAUCACGCCAUCUUCCCAACACUUUUCAUUUUCACCAUUCAAACUCUGAAAUCUACAACGCCGGCCGCCGAACGUAAGUCAUGGUCCGUAACGGCGGAGUUGAGAGUCCAUCUCCACGACCUCGAAUCCACCAGACGCAUCCUCACGACACGCCUCUUUUCCAGUCCACCGUCUCCGAACGAAAGCUCCGCCGCUUCAAUAUAUCGAUUUUUGUCUUCCGUUUGGCCGCUUUUGGUUCCUCCAUCUCCUCCGCCGUUUUCAUGCUCACCACCAACACCGCCUCCUCAUCGGAUACCCCUCGUUGGUACCACUUCGGCGCCUUCCGAUUCGUUGUCGCUGCAAACGCGAUCGUCGCUUUAUAUUCAUUUUUCGAAAUGGGAGCUUCUGUUUGGGAAAUUUCUAGAGGUGCUACCGUUUUCCCGGAGUUCACUCAAGUCUGGUUCGAUUUCGGACACGAUCAGGUGUUCGCGUACUUGUUGCUGUCUGCCGGCUCGGCGGCGACGGAGCUUGCCAGACAACUGAGAGCGAUUGCCACGUGUACGGCUAAUAACACCUUUUGCGUCCAAUCCGAUAUCGCCGUGGCCUUGGGAUUCGCCGGAUUUUUGUUCCUUUUGAUCUCGUCUUUGCUUUCGGGAUUCAGAGUCGUCUGUUUCAUAAUCAACGGCUCUCGUUUUGUUCUCUAGUAUGAGGACUGAUACAGGUGAUUGCUGAUGCUAGAAGUUACUGUGUGAUGCGACAUGAUUUCUUAUGGUGUAGUCGCGUACGCCCUUCAGUAGUUCAGUAGCCUAACUUUGGGUUUUGGUCAUGAUAAGUGAUCUUUUUUGUUCAUUUAGUUUUCACGGGAAUUAAAAAUAUUCACCUUCAGAAUAAAUAAUUAAAAUAGUAAAAAUCGAAAAUUAAUUACAUAAGUGGGAAGUUGAUUUGUUAUGGUAAAUCAACUUAUUGGAAGUCUUCAUAUUCGGCUAAUUUUUUUUUAGUAUACAUGCAGACAAUAAAGAAACUUAUCGGAAAG